AUGUCGAACAGGCAGGAUCUCGAGAGCAAUGACUCUACGACACUAACGAGCUGGAAGAGAUAUCUAUUCACGGAUAUCGAUGGAGACAAAGCUACCGCUCCACUGUCUGCAUAUUGUUUUAUGACUGCGACUGCUGUCUGUUUCUCUGCCGUCUUCGUGUGGUGUGCUUUCCAAACCGGAAAUACUGUACAGCUCGGGCUCGCCCUCGCCCGCCUUUUCGAUGGCACACAUGACUACUAUUUCCAUAUCGCAGAUCAACAAGCCCUCUGCUCUCUUCUCACAUUCAUCUUUGGCGCAUCCAUCGCCCGCAUCGGCGACAAGAUGGGCUGCAAAACCCGGGCAUGGCUGGCUCUCGGCACCUUAAUCCAGACCCUCUUCACCAUGGCUGCAGCCAUCGCCAUCUGGAAGAACGGGCAAACGAGUGUUGCGAAUUCACGCGCUGACCCUGCGUGGACCAAUACGCUGUCCUUUGUCUGUAUUGGCUUCAUGAGCGCAAGUAUGGGUCUCCAAGGGAUCAUGGGCAAGAGGACGAAUACGCAGUUUACCACGACGGUGGUACUAACGACGACUUGGUGCGAGUUGAUGGCUGACCCUCAGCUCUUCAACAUUCGUCGGCUUGUCGUCUCUCGAGAUCAUAAGAUCCUUGCCAUCGGCUCAUUGUUCUUGGGUGGCUUUUUGGGACGUGCAGUACUCGACGCAAUAGGCUCCGCUGGUGCUCUUGGCGUUGGCACGGGUUUGAGGUUUAUCAUUAGCAUCUGGUGGCUAUUUGUCCCUGGAAAGACAACGAAGCAGUGA